CUGGACCUUCCUGGAGACCCUGUCGCCGAAACCGAGGUGAUCGACUUCUGGCAUGCCUGCGAACAUCUGCAAACCGCGUCCGACCAUGCCGUGGCACUCGGCUGGUUCGAGAAGUACCGCGAGAUCCUCCGUCACGACCCCCGUGGCGUCGCCAAGGUGAUCCGGGCGCUGCGCCACCUUCGCGAUGCCGCCGCUACGCCGGACCGGGCCGAGAUCGAGCGGGAACUCGCCUUCUUCCGCAAGCAUCGCCAUCGCAUGCGCUACCACGCCCUGAAGGAAGAGGGCAUCGCCAUCGGCUCAGGCGUGGUCGAGGCUGCCAACAAGACCCUGGUGACACAGCGCAUGAAGCGCUCCGGCAUGCGCUGGCGGAUCGCCGGCGGACAGGCUGUUCUGACCUUCCGCGCCCUGAUCAAAUCCGGCCGCUUCGAGCGGGCAUGGAAGGCCUUGAUCGCCGCGACCGACACACCGGCCAACGACAACAUCAGUCCACGUGCAGCAGCCAUGGCAAUCGCUGCCUGA